AUGAGCUUCAACCAGUUCGAGGGUAUAUUGCCUACCUCCAUAACCAAUCUGUCCUCACAGCUGACAUUUCUCACUUUCGGAGGCAACAAAAUUGGUGGAAGCAUUCCUUCAGAGAUCUCAAACCUCUUCCACUUAAAUGCUCUCGACAUGAACACAAACUUCUUAAGGGGUAACCUUCCAGCUUCAAUUGGAAUGCAUACAAACCUACAAAUUUUCCUUGUGGGUGCGAACCAAUUAACAGGGGAGAUACCCUCUUCCCUCGGCAACAUCACUCAACCAUUGCGUCUAGAUUUGGCAUUAAACAACUUCCAAGGAAGCAUACCUUUAGGCAUUUGGAACCUCGAGUAUGUGCAACUCCUUGCGCUUUAUGGAAAUAAACUCAAUAGCACCAUCCCCAAGCAACUCAUGAAUAUUUCAUCCACUCAAUUACUUGAUGUGUCUUUGAAUUUCUUGACUGGUUCCUUGCCUACAGAAAUUGGUAAACUUCAACAUAUUGUUAAACUGAAUGUUUCAAACAACAAGCUAUCUGCUGAAGUACUGGGCAAUAUUAAGCUAUGUGGAGGGAUCCCAGAGCUGCACUUAAAGCCAUGCCCUGUUCAAAAACAAGAGAAACGCAAAAAACGCACUGCUUUAAAGCUGGUUUUAGUCAUUGUUAUUCCUGCUCUAUUUCUAUCUUUGGCUGUGGCUUUCCUUUCAAUGCUCCUGACAAGAAAAGUGAAGAAGAAACCACUUUCCUCACCUUCCUUUGGACAAUUUCUUCCCAAAGUCUCUUACCAGGAACUUCUUAAUGCCACUGGAGGGUUUUCUUCCGGUAAUUUGAUAGAUUCAGGUAAUUUUGGAUCUGUAUACAAUGGAACUCUAAGUCCUACAGGAAUAACUGUGGUGGUUAAGGUACUCAAACUCAACCAGCGUGGAGCUUCUAAAAGCUUCAUGGCGGAAUGCGAAGCCCUACGGAACAUCCAACACCGUAAUCUUGUCAAACUGGUAUCUGUUUGCUCAAGAACUGAUUUUCAUGGCAAUGAUUUCAAAGCUCUGGCCUAUGAGUUCAUGCCAAAUGGGAGCUAG